CUUUGCCUGUCAGGUUACAAACAGGAAGAAAACAUCCAGUGAUUGUCCGAGCCAGGGACUGGGGUAGCAGCUUGCGUUCGAGUGGCUCCGGAAUGAGGCGACUUUGAGGGUUGGAAACCAGCCGGGGUGUUACCAUGGUGUGUCCGAAGUAGAGACAGAACCGACUGAUAGCACGGGAAUUCAGUGCUGCUCAACUUUCCUCCGGGUGCGACGGUUGAAACGAGGUGUGAAUGAGUGACGUGGUGCCUCCCACAGCUCUCAGUGAAGUCCAGCUCCGCUUCCUUUGUCACGAUGACAUAGAGAAUGUCAAACUGCUGUGUGGUGACUGGUUCCCCAUCGAGUACCCAGACUCAUGGUAUCAAGAUAUCACCUCCAACAAGAAGUUCUUCUCCCUCGCUGCCACCUUCAGAGGAAACAUCGUGGGAAUGAUUGUGGCCGAGAUCAAAUGCCGGACCAAAGUACACAAGGAGGAUGGAGACAUCCUGGCUUCCAGUUUUCCUGUGGACACACAGGUCGCCUACAUCCUCAGCCUGGGAGUGGUCAAAGAGUUCAGGAAACAUGGCAUAGGCUCCCUACUGCUGGACAGUCUGAAGGAGCACAUCUCGACGACCGCUCAGGACCACUGCAAGGCCAUCUACCUGCACGUCCUCACCACCAACAACACUGCCAUCCACUUCUAUGAGAACAGGGACUUCAGGCAGCACCACUACCUUCCCUACUACUACUCCAUACGCGGCGUCCUCAAAGACGGGUUCACAUAUGUGCUCUACAUUAACGGCGGUCAUCCACCCUGGACAAUAUUUGACUACAUCCAGCACAUCGGCUCCACCCUGGCCAGCCUGAGCCCCUGCUCCAUCCCACAGAGGCUGUACCGCCAGGCCCAGUCGCUGCUGCGCUCUCUGCUCCCCUGGUCCAACAUCGCCUCCAAAACCGGCAUACAGUACAGCAGAACCAUGAGCUCGGCCGUCCUCACCAGUCUUCCCCCUCCGCUGUACAGACCAAGUUCACCACAUUCUUCCCUCUUCCUGCGUGCAUGACAACGGACUCAGGUUAAGCAUCCCCUCGUUCCCGCACCAGGUCCUUGCCUUGCCCAUUCGCAACGUGUUUGGCGCCGAGCCCGCAGAUUCACCGGGUUGUAUUAAUAAAGUAGUUCCAGGUGACUUUA